AUACCGUUUGUGUCGUCUUGUGGUCAGUACUCGUCAGACUUAAUGAAACAUAGUCGUGGAACGUCCGUUAUUGUACAUCUUUGAGUGUGUUUAAUAAUUAAAAAAUAAUAAUUCGAUUCGGUAAACAACAUCCAUAAAAAUGAUAAGCUCUACAUUACAAGUGCUGUCGUGUUUAUUAUUAAUGGUCAGCAUAUCAUUGUCGAGGUCAAGCUCAAGAUAUCCAGGUCGACCAGAUAUUGAUUAUUACGUGCCGGCGAGUUACGCUUACAAGUACGGCGUGCACGACCCCGCCACGGGCGACAUCAAACACCAAUCGGAAGAGCGAACUGGCGACGUGGUCCGCGGUCAGUACAGUCUCGUGGAGCCCGACGGUACAGUACGAACCGUCGACUACACCGCCGACCCGGUUAACGGUUUCAACGCGGUUGUCAGCAAGUCCGGUAAACCCAAGAAACCGCGGUACGUCGUCGUCCGGACCGCGCCCGCCACCGUCGCAGACAUCACGGACGACCCGCACUCGGCCAGAGGACCGAUAACUUUCCCGAAGAAUGUACAGGAAGAUUUUUCAAUUACUGCACCGGUAUACCAGGAAUAUUACGACUCAACAUCCAUACAUCCUUAUGACGUCGACCCACGCUACGUACAACACUCGAAUAAUUAUUACAAAGAAUAUUUAAAUUACUGAAUCAGUAACAUUAAACGUGUCUAUGAGACAUCUGAACUCCAAUGAAAAUUAUUUUGACUUGUUAGUAGAACAAUAACAAUAUAAUAUUGUACGAUGACACAGUUGUAUGUGUGUACCAAUAACACAUCGAUCGUUAAAAUAAAAUCUGUACGAAUUAAACGUUGGAAUUUCGUCA